UCGCGUCUCCCUGCUCCCGUGCGGGAUGUGUUUUCCUGUCAUUUUGCCAUCGAAAGGGUGCUGUUGAGCACACGCUUCGGUGACGAUCGUGGUUGUUUUCUUCCGUCGAUCGUCCGACAAUAGCGGAGCAGGGGGAGGAUGACGGGGGCCGGCGGACGGAUACGGAGGAGGCGUCGCAGGACAAUGUGUUGGCGAGCUUCGGCUUCCUUGGGAGAGUUGCAGCGUCGUCGCACUUAGCAAACAAGCAAACAACAAACCCGACAAAGGCGACGAAACCGCGACGAAGCCGAGCGAGGCGAGCCGAGCCGAGGCAUGGAAGGCCCGACGGGCAUCUGAGCAAGUUGAGCCCAGGCCGAGCGAGUCGUCGGGAGGCAGUCCAGAGGGUUCGAGGCCGCCGCCGCCGCCGACGAAGACGACGACGACGACGAGCACGAGCGCGAGCGCGAGCGUUGCUUGGGCGUCGCGAUGUUUUCCCUCGCUGGCCGCUGACGAGCAACGAGAAGCAAGAAAGGCGGCGGAGAAACAUGAGCGGCAUGGCGGUCGUGCUGCGGACUCUGUUGUUUGCCACUUUUUGUCUGCUCCUCCGAGGCGAGCCGCUGCUGCUGUACGCCAACCGGCGGGACCUGCGUCUGGUGGACGCCGCCCGCGAGCGGGCCAACGCCAGCGUGGUGGUGGGCGGCCUGGAGGACGCGGCGGCCGUCGACUACGUCUUCUCGCGAGGGCUCAUCUACUGGAGCGACGUGAGCGAGGAGGCCAUCAAGCGCACCGUUUUGGACCAGUCGGGAGGCGGCGUCGGCGUCCACACGGUGGUGCCCGGCCUGGCCUCUCCCGACGGGCUGGCCUGCGAUUGGCUGGCUGAUAAACUCUACUGGACCGACUCGGAGACCAAUCGCAUCGAGGUGUCCGAGCUGGACGGAACCUUGAGGAAAGUUCUCUUCUGGCAGGAGCUGGACCAACCCAGAGCCAUCGCCUUGGACCCCGCGCGAGGCUUCAUGUACUGGACGGACUGGGGCGAGAUCCCCAAGAUCGAGCGGGCCGGCAUGGACGGGACCAACCGCUCCAUCAUCGUGGAGCGCGACAUCUACUGGCCCAACGGACUCACGCUGGACUACGAGCAGCGCAAGCUGUACUGGGCCGACGCCAAGCACAACUUCAUCCACAGGUGCCACCUGGACGGCACCAACAGGGAGGUUGUGGUGAAGGGGGAGCUGCCGCACCCGUUCGCCCUCACCCUCUUCGAGGACACGCUCUUCUGGACCGACUGGAACACGCACUCCAUCCACUCGUGCGCCAAACACAAUGGCGCCGACCAGCGCGUGGUCCACUCGGACAUCUUCUCGCCCAUGGACAUCCACGUGUUCAGCGCGAAGAGGCAAACCCAGCUGAGCACGCCGUGCUCGCUGAACAACGGCGGCUGCUCCCACCUGUGCCUGCUGUCGCCCGACGAGCCCUUCUUCCAGUGCGCCUGUCCCACCGGGGUGCAGCUGCUGCAGGACGCCAAGACCUGCCGUGACGGCGCCACGCGCAUGUUGCUGUUGGCUCGUCGAACCGACCUGCGGCGCAUCUCGCUGGACACGCCCGACUUCACCGACAUCAUCCUGCAGGUGGACGACAUCCGGCACGCCAUCGCCAUCGACUACGACCCGGUGGACGGCUACAUCUACUGGACGGACGACGACGUCAGGGCCAUCCGCCGCUCCCUGCCCGACGGCGCCGACGCCCAAUUCGUGGUCACGUCGCAGGUCAACCACCCGGACGGCAUCGCCGUGGACUGGAUCGCGCGGAACCUCUACUGGACCGACACGGGCACCGACCGCAUCGAGGUCACCAGGCUCAACGGGACCAUGCGCAAGAUCCUCAUCUCCGAAGACCUGGACGAGCCCAGGGCCAUCGUCCUGGACCCCGUGGCCGGGUACAUGUACUGGACGGACUGGGGCGAGCUUCCCAAGAUCGAGCGCGCCGACCUGGACGGGACGGAGCGGGUGGUGAUGGUCAACACGUCGCUGGGUUGGCCCAACGGCCUGGCGCUCGACUACGACGAGCGCAAGAUCUACUGGGGCGACGCCAAGACCGACAUGAUCGAGGUGAUGAACAUGGACGGGACCGGGAGACGGGUGCUGGUGGAGGACAAACUUCCGCACAUUUUUGGCUUCACGCUGCUGGGCGACUUCAUCUACUGGACGGACUGGCAGCGGCGCAGCAUCGAGCGCGUUCACAAGCACACGGCCGAGCGCGAGAUCAUCAUCGACCAGCUGCCCGACCUCAUGGGCCUGAAGGCCACCGACGUCCACCGGGCGCAAGGCGGCAACCCGUGCGCGGACAGCAACGGUGGCUGCAGCCACCUGUGCCUGUUCACGCCGCGGGGCGCGCAGUGCGGCUGCCCCAUCGGGCUGGAGCUGAUCGCCGACAUGCGCACAUGCAUUGUGCCGGAGGCCUUCCUGCUCUUCUCGCGCCACACCGACAUCCGGCGCAUCUCGUUGGAGACCAACAACAACAACGUGGCCAUCCCACUCACCGGCGUCAAGGAGGCCUCUGCCCUCGACUUCGACGUCACCGACAACAGGAUCUACUGGACCGACAUCACGCUCAAGACCAUCAGCCGGGCCUUCAUGAACGGCAGCGCCCUGGAGCACGUGGUGGAGUUCGGGCUGGACUACCCCGAGGGCAUGGCGGUGGACUGGUUGGGGAAGAACCUGUACUGGGCCGACACGGGCACCAACCGCAUCGAGGUGGCCAAACUGGACGGGCAGCACCGGCAGGUCCUGGUCUGGAAGGACUUGGACAGCCCACGGGCUCUGGCUCUGGACCCGGCUGAAGGCUACAUGUACUGGACCGAGUGGGGCGGUAAGCCGAAGAUCGACCGAGCGGCGAUGGACGGAAGCGGGCGCAUCACUCUGGUGGCGGACGUGGGCCGAGCCAACGGACUCACCAUCGACUACGCCGAGCGGCGCCUGUACUGGACCGACCUGGACACCACGCUCAUCGAGUCGGCCAACAUGCUGGGUCAGGACCGAGAGGUGAUCGCCGACGACCUCCCGCACCCGUUCGGCCUGACCCAGUACCAAGACUACAUCUACUGGACCGACUGGAGCCAGCGCAGCAUCGAGCGAGCCAACAAGACGAGCGGACAGAACCGCACCGUGAUCCAGGGCCACCUGGACUACGUCAUGGACAUCCUGGUGUUCCACUCGUCCCGCCAGGGCGGAUGGAACGCUUGCGCCUCCACCAACGGGCACUGCUCGCACCUGUGCCUGGCCGUCCCUGUCAGCGGCUUCGUGUGCGGCUGUCCCGCCCACUUCUCGCUCAACUACGACAACAAGACCUGCAACGCGCCGACGUCCUUCCUGCUGUUCAGCCAGAAGACGGCCAUCAACCGCAUGGUGAUGGACGAGCAGCAGAGUCCCGACAUCAUCCUGCCCAUCCACAACCUGAAGAACGUCCGCGCCAUCGACUACGACCCGCUGGACAAGCAGCUGUACUGGAUCGACUCCAAGCAGAACGUCGUUCGGCGUGCUCAGGAGGACGGCAACCAGAGCAUGACGGUGGUGUCGGGCACCCAGCUGUACGACCUGAGCAUCGACAUCUACAGCCGUUUCAUCUACUGGACCAGCGAGCUCACCAACGUCAUCAACGUCACGCGCACCGACGGCGGGCGCGUGGGCGUCGUGCUGAGGGGCCUGCACGACAAGCCGCGCGCCAUCGUGGUCAACCCCGAGAGAGGGUACAUGUACUUCACCAACCUCCUGGAGCGCUCGCCCACCAUCGAGCGCGCGGCGCUGGACGGGACGGAGCGUGAGGUUCUUUUCUUCAGCGGGCUGGGCAAACCGGUGGCUCUAGCUGUGGACAACGAGCUGGGCAAGCUCUUCUGGGUGGACUCGGACCUGCGGCGCAUCGAGGGCAGCGACCUGUCAGGCGCCAACCGCGUGGUGAUCGCCGACUCCAACAUCCUGCAACCGGUCGGCCUGACGGUGUUCGGCAAGCACCUGUACUGGAUCGACAAGCAGCAGCAGAUGAUCGAGCGCGUGGACAAGACCACGCGCGAGGGCCGCACCAAGAUCCAGGCCCGCAUCGCCUACCUCAGCGACAUCCACGCCGUGCACGAGCUCGACAUGAGGGAGUACAGUAAACACCCGUGCACGUGGGACAACGGCGGCUGUUCUCACAUCUGCGUGGUCAAGGGCGACGGCACCACCCGCUGUUCCUGCCCCGUCCACUUGGUGCUGCUGCAGGACGAGCUGUCCUGCGGAGAGCCCCCCACGUGUUCUCCGGAGCAGUUCUCGUGCCGCUCCGGCGAGGUGGACUGCAUCCCUCGGGCGUGGCGCUGCGACGGUUACCCCGAGUGCGACGACAUCAGCGACGAGGCGGACUGCCCGGUCUGCUCGGAGAGCGAGUUCCAGUGCAACAGUCGCCAGUGCAUCGACCUCGGCCUCAGGUGCAACGGCGAGGUCAACUGCCAGGACCGCUCCGACGAGAACGAGAAGUGCGAAGCGCGCUGCCCCUUAGACCAGUUCGCGUGCGCCAACGGCCAGUGCGUCGGCAAGCACAAGAAGUGCGACAAUAACAUGGACUGCGCGGACAGCUCGGACGAGAUCGGCUGCUGUGAGACCUUCGUCGCGGGCGCGCGGCCUUCUUCUCCUCUUCCCGUUCUUCACGGUCUCGCUCUCCUUCCAGACCCCACGGAGGAGCCGCCCCCGCCCAACAACACCGUCGGCUCCAUCGUGGGUGUGGUGAUGGCGCUGUUCCUGGUGGGCGCCGUGUACUUCGUGUGCCAGCGCGUCCUGUGCCCUCAGAUGAAAGACGACGGCGAGACGGUCACCAACGACUUCGUGGUGCACGGGCCGUCCUCGGUGCCCCUGGGUUACGUGCCGCACGCCGCCUCCUUGUCCAGCUCGCUGCCAGUCAUGUCCGGAGGCAAGUCGGCGAUCGGCUCCCUGAGCAUCAUGGGCGGGAGCAGCGGGCCUCCGUACGACCGCGCCCACAUCACCGGCGCCUCGUCCAGCAGCUCGUCCAGCACCAAGGGCGCGUACUUCCCUCCGAUCCUGAACCCGCCUCCCUCCCCCGCCACCGUCCGCUCGCAGUACACGCUGGAGUUCGGCUACUCCUCCAACAGCCCGUCCACGCACCGAUCCUACAGCUACCGGCCGUACACGUACCGCCACUUCGCCCCUCCCACCACGCCGUGCAGCACAGACGUGUGCGACAGCGACUACACGCCGGGCCGCCGCGCGCCGCUCAAGACGGUCGGCGCCCGCGCGCCGACGGGCGCCAAAGGUUACACCAGCGACCUCAACUACGACUCUGAGCCCUUCCCGCCGCCGCCCACGCCGCGCAGCCAGUACCUGUCGGCCGAGGAGAACUGCGAGAGCUGUCCGCCGUCGCCCUACACCGAGCGCAGCUACUCGCACCACCUCUACCCGCCCCCGCCCUCGCCCUGCACGGACUCGUCCUGAGCCCCUCGCCCCCGCCAGUGUAAAUAGCAAUUGUGCAUAAAUGAGGUUAAAAAUGGGAACGCCAGGCCAGCUGCUGCGGAACAUUUGUACAUUGAAAAAGAGAAAAACAUAUUUAUAUAUUUUCUAUACAGUGUUUACUGAUGAUGAUGAUGAUGCCAUAGAGGUUUGUAUUCAGACAUUUGUACUUUUUUUUUUUUUUUUUUUUUUAAGAAAAGCUAUUAUUCAAAUCACACACAUAGAAGUUGCCUUAAAGGACACUACGCCAAAUACGGAGCAUCCGCCAUUCCAGCCAGCUGCAGCCCCGCCCCCCCCCCCCACCACUACCACUUCCGACGGGACUGAACCCAUAACGCAGCCAUCUUGUGCCUGAGCGGUGGGACGGGAAGUAUUUUUGUAGCACAACUUUGUGUAUUUAUAAGCUACACAGUAUAAACAAGAAGACGAAGAAGUAGAAGAAACCUUGUAAAGCUGUCAUUCCUAUUUUUCUACGCACUCCGUCCCGCGCGCUCCUCUGUGGCGAUGUAACGUGUACGUGAUUGUGUAACUUGACAAUCUCAACCUGUGGAAAGUUUGCCAUCCAGACACGACGGGCAAGCGACGUCGCUCGGAACGACGGAACCGUGUCGAAGUACGCGGGAUUGUUGGAUUGGAUGACCUUUGAACUUGAAGCUGUCAUUCUUCCACCACGUUGUGACAAAGUUUGUGAAGCUGCUGGCUUGUUCUCGUUCGGAAGGUUCCAGAAAGUCCAAAUGAAUAUGUCUCUCUUUUUUUUGUUUUUGUUUUUUGCAAGCACUUUUGUCUCUGGCUCGUCGUCUUUUCUAGUUUUCAUGGCCGACCAACAUUUGGUUCUCGGUGUGCAUUUGGAUCCGUUGUACACUGCGGCCCUCACGGCCGCCACCAUAAGCUGCUCUUGUCCAUUUUGUUCUUUCGUUCAACAUAGAGUGACAUUUUACUUCC